AUGAGCAUAGUGAUCCCAUUGGGGGUUGACACAACAGAUACUUAUUUGGAAAUGGCUGCAGGCUCAGAACCAGAAUCUGUAGAAGCUAGCCCUGUGGUAGUUGAAAAAUCGAACAGUUAUCCGCACCAGUUGUAUACCAGCAGCUCGCAUUCGCACAGUUACAUUGGUUUGCCCUAUGCAGACCACAACUAUGGUGCUCGGCCUCCUCCAACACCUCCAGCUUCUCCUCCUCCGUCAGUGCUUAUAAGCAAGAAUGAAGUAGGCAUAUUUACCACUCCCAACUUUGAUGAAACCUCCAGUGCUACUACCAUCAGCACGUCAGAAGAUGGAAGCUAUGGAACUGAUAUUACCAGAUGCAUUUGUGGCUUUACACAUGAUGAUGGAUAUAUGAUCUGUUGCGACAAAUGCAGUGUCUGGCAGCACAUUGACUGCAUGGGGAUCGACAGGCAGCAUAUUCCUGACAUAUAUCUGUGUGAACGUUGUCAACCAAGGAGUUUAGAUAAAGAAAGGGCAGUGCUGUUGCAGCGAAGGAAAAGGGAAAAUAUGUCAGAUGGGGACACCAGCGCAACAGAGAGUGGUGAUGAGGUUCCUGUGGAGCUGUAUACUGCUUUUCAACAUACACCAACUACAAUUACUUUAACUGCUACAAGAGUUACAAAAGUCAAUGAUAAGAAAAGGAAAAAAAGUGGAGAGAAAGAACAGAACAUAGCAAAAUGUAAAAAAGCAUUUCGAGAAGGAUCCAGGAAAUCUUCACGAGUAAAGGGCUCAGCUCCAGAGAUUGAUCCUACUGACACUUCGAACUUUGGAUGGGAAACUAAAAUCAAGGCAUGGAUGGAUCGUUACGAAGAAGCAAAUAAUAACCAGUACAGUGAGGGUGUCCAGAGGGAGGCACAAAAAAUAGCUCUGAGAUUAGGCAACGGAAAUGACAAAAAAGAAGUCAGCACCAGCAAUCUGAUUUUCAAACCUCCAGUAGAGAGUUACGUGCAGAAAAACAAGAAAAUUUUAAAAGCUGCCAAAGACUUGCCUCCUGAUGCACUUAUUAUUGAAUACAGAGGAAAGUUCAUGCUGAGAGAACAAUUUGAAGCUAAUGGAUAUUUCUUUAAAAGGCCAUACCCAUUUGUUUUGUUUUAUUCCAAAUUCCAUGGGCUAGAAAUGUGUGUUGAUGCAAGGACUUUUGGAAAUGAAGCUCGAUUCAUCAGGCGUUCGUGUACGCCAAAUGCAGAGGUGAGGCAUGUAAUUGAAGAUGGAACAAUUCAUCUUUAUAUUUACUCUAUCCAUAACAUUCCAAAGGGAACAGAGAUUACUAUAGCAUUUGAUUUUGAUUAUGGAAAUUGUAAAUACAAAGUGGAUUGUGCUUGCCUCAAAGAAAAUCCUGAAUGUCCAGUUCUUAGACGUUCUGAGCCUACAGAAAACAUCAAUACUGGAUAUGAGACCAGAAGGAAAAAGGGAAAGAAAGAGAAAGAUAUUUCAAGAGAAAAGGAGACUCAAAAUCAGAACAUCACAUUGGACUGUGAAGGAGCAGCCACCAAAAUGAAAAUUGCAGAUAAUAAACAGAGGAAGCUCUCUCCCCUCAGGCUGUCCAUUUCUAAUAAUCAGGAGCCAGAUUUUAUUGAUGAUAUAGAAGAAAAAACUCCCAUUAGCAAUGAAGUAGAAAUGGAAUCAGAGGAGCAGAUUGCAGAAAGGAAAAGGAAGAUGACAAGAGAAGAACGGAAAAUGGAAGCUAUCCUGCAAGCUUUUGCCAGACUAGAAAAAAGAGAAAAAAGAAGAGAACAGGCUUUGGAAAGAAUCAGCACAGCAAAAACGGAGGUUAAAUCAGAAUGCAAGGAAGCGCAGAUUCUCAAUGAUGCUGAAUUUAUCCAGGAACCAGCAAAAGAGGAAGCUGCUACCAAGCCUACUCCAGCCAAAGUUAAUAGAGCUAAACAGAGAAAAAGCUUCUCACGAAGUAGAACUCACAUUGGACAGCAACGUAGGCGACACAGAACUGUCAGUAUGUGUUCAGAUAUCCAGCCGUCUUCUCCUGAUGUGGAAGUAACUUCACAACAUAAUGAAACUGAGAAUACUGCACUGGUAGCUGAGCCUGAAACAGAAGCUGUUGUUACAGAAAUGGUUACUGAAACAGAAGCUCCAGCACUUAAUAAAUGCCCUGCGAAGUAUCCUAAAACAAAGAAGCACUUGGUCAGUGAAUGGUUGAGUGAAAAGAGUGAUAAAACAGGGAAGCCUACAGACAGUCUAUCAGAAAGGCCUCUGCGCAUAACUACCGACCCUGAAGUUCUGGCUACUCAACUGAAUUCUUUACCAGGUCUCACUUACAGUCCACACGUAUAUUCAACUCCAAAGCACUAUAUUCGUUUUACUUCACCAUUCCUUUCAGAAAAGAGGAGGAAAAAAGAACCUGUGGAAAACAUUAGUGGCUCUUGUAAGAAGCGUUGGUUGAAGCAGGCUUUGGAAGAAGAAAAUUCAACAACGAUUGAUAGAUUUAAUUCACCGUCACAAGAGAGAUCUAGAAGUCCAGCCAUCAAUGGUGAAAAUAAAAGUCCUUUGUUGCUGAAUGACAGCUGUUCCUUAACAGAUCUAACUACACCACUAAAAAAAAGAAGACUGUAUCAGCUGUUGGAGUCUGCAUUCUCAGAAACCUCCACGCCUACUCCUUCUCCGUAUGCCACACCGACUCAUGCUGACAUCACUGCCUCCGAGCCAUCGUUGUUUGCUACUCCUCCUAGGGUAAAAACAGAAGAUGAAGCUUGUAGAAAUGGUUACAAACCCAUAUAUUCACCAGUUACUCCUGUAACUCCAUGUAUACAUGGAAAUACCAUGCACUUUGAGAAUAUUUCCUCACCGGACAGUUCCCCAGAAAUAAAAAGGCGAGCUUACAGUCAAGAGGGAUAUGACAGAGCAUCGAUUCUAGCACUGAAUUCUUUCAGAAAUUCCAACCUGACGGAAAUGGGCCUGCAAGAAAUAAAGACUAUUGGAUAUUCCAGUCCAAGGAGUAGGACUGAUGUCACACGGCAGUGCACUGGAGAGAUGGAAUCUGUGUCAGACCUCCAGCUGGGACUCGAAGUAAUUGAGCAAAGUGCACUGCAUAAAAACCUGGAAGCCCCCACACAUGAUAGGACUGAUUCAAACAGCCAAUUAGAAACUGCUCAUUGUGGACGGGGCACAAUUUAUUCUUCCUGGGUGAAAAGUCCCGACAGGACAGGUGUAAAUUUCUCAAUGAAUUCUAAUUUGAGGGACUUGACUCCUUCACAUCAGUUGGAGGUAGGAGGUGGAUUCAGAAUAAGCGAGUCAAAGUGCCUGAUUCAAGACGAUGCUAGAGGCAUGUUCAUGGAAGCAUCUGUUUUUUGUACUUCAGAAGAUGGAAUUGCAUCUGGCUUUGGAAGGACUGUCAAUAACGACAACUUGAUGGAUGGAAAUUGCACACCACCGAAUCCUCCACAAAAGAAAAAGGUAUCUUUAUUAGAAUACCGUAAGAGACAACGAGAAGCUAGAAAAAGUGGCUCAAAGACAGAAAGCUUCCCCCUGGUUACUGUAUCUCCUCAUGCUGCUGGUGGAGGAAAUACAAGUAGUAACAACGGUGCUAAUGAUGGGUAUAACAACAGUGGUGAAAAUGGGGAGCAAACUGAUAACACUGCGAGCUUACCUUUACCACUGCCAACUGCUGUUCAUAAUGCAGCUGCGGAAGACAUUGGCAACAACUGUGCAGUUAAGGAAUCUUCUUCCAGUGAGAAGAACGAACCAGAAGUUCAGUGGACUGCAUCAACCUCUGUGGAACAAGUGAGAGAACGCAGUUAUCAGAGAGCUUUACUCCUCAGUGAUCAUAGGAAAGACAAGGACAGUGGGGGAGAAUCACCCUGUAGCCCAUGCUCACCGUCUCAUGUUCAGUCUCCACCUUCAUCUCAUUCAAAUCUCAUUUCCCAGUUGCAGCUUAAGGUCCCUUCUUUCACUGAAUUUAUGGAAGAACCUGAUGCGGAAAAUCCAGAGCCUACUUCUGAGUGUCCGUCCCCAGAUACUUCACAAAAGACUUGCAAGAGUCCGUCAAAAGCAAGCAAGCCGUCUUCACCGAGUCCUGUGGUUUCGACGCAGUCACUUGGGAAAACAGCCACAAAACCAGAUUCGCACUGGGAAACUGCAGCUAAUGCACCCGAGGCCGAGUGUGCGAAUCACCCAAAAGCUGAGCUGCAACAAAAACAGCUGACAAAUAACGUCCAAGCACUUUCAAAAAAUCACCCACCUCAGUCGCAUCUGCGCGGUUCUGCUGAGCAACUUUCACAUUCACAGAAGCUGCCUUCUGCACCUUUGAAGCUGCAUUGCCCCCCUUCGCCUCACGUGGAAAACCCUCCCAAGGCCCCUACCCCUCACGCGCCCGUGCAGCACGGUUAUCUUUCGCCAAAGCCCCACUCACAGCCGCUGGGAUCUCCGUACAGACCUCAUCACCCGCAGUCGCCCCAGGUUGGAACGCCCCAGAGGGAAACGCACCGAAACUUCUACCCGGCGGCGUCAGCCCUUCAGCCCAGUAAUCAGCAGCAGGCUAGCGGAGCCCUCUUCACUCAGACGACGUCAGGACAAUCUUCCGCUGCAUACAGCCAGUUCAACCAACAGAAUUUGAACAGCAGUGCCCCACCGCCCCCGCCCCCGCCGGGACACCACGUAACGGCAGGGCAUUUUUUGCCGUCUCAGAACGCCAGUAUUCAUCACCAGGCGUCGGCGGCUGCUGCUCCGCCUCCUCCUCCGCCACCACCCGCCCCAGGACCUCACCUCGUGCAGCAGCCAAGUACUCAUCAGCAGCACUCUGUAGCACACGUCGUUGGUCCGGUCCAUGCUGUGGCAGUAGCUCCUGGAUCGCACCUUCAUUCUCAAGCUGCUGGUCACCAUUUGCCACCACCGCCUCCGCCGCCAGGUCCUCUCCCUCACCACCAGCCUCCCCACCCUUCAACUGGACACCAAGGUUUGCAAGCACAACACCAGCAUGUUGUAAACUCUGCACCUCCGCCCCCUCCGCCCCCACCCUCUAACGUUAUCGGCUCGGGGCAUCACCCAGGGUCAGCACAAGGGUUACACCACCCGUCCCAUCAAGGACCCCCCCAUUUUCCUUCAAACGCUCACACGAGCGUGUCCUCCUACUCCUCACAAGCCCCGCAUCACACGACGUUAGGACCUGGACCUCAACAUCAGCCUGCUGGAACAGGACCUCAUUGCCCACUCCCUGGUCAGGGUCCUCACAUCCAACCUCAAGGACCAAACAGUAUUGCAACGCCGACCGCCUCGGGGUUCUGCCAGGCGUCCCCGGUGCCUGGGCAGAUGCACAUGCACAGAGCACAGGUGCCGCCCACCUUUCAGAACAAUUACCAUGGUUCAGGGUGGCAUUAAAACGGAUCCCUUUAAGCAUUUUUAAAAUGUUGUGUAAUAUAAACUGUGUAUAUUUCAUAUGUACCUGUUCAGGGUACUUUUUAAAGCUUGUACAUGAUACUUUGUAUAAAAGCAAACACCAGUGCUCUUUCAUUGUAUUCUUUCCAUUUUUUGCUUUUUAAAAUUCCUGAAAAUGUGCUGUUAAGCCAGUAUUAGGUAUUUCUUUUUAUUUUGUAAGUGAACAUUCCAGCUGUUUUUUCUGGCAGUAGGUUUGAUGCUGCAUAAUCUUUAAAAUUUUAUUGUUGCAGUUAAAUUCAUUUAGUGAAUGUUUUCUAUAUUACUUUUAUACAUAUGUAAUUAAAUAAGUACACGGGGUAAGUGAUGGCACUAACAAUUUCUUUUUCCAUUUUCUUCUGUCAACAGUUCUUCGUGUGCAUAGAGAUAGAAAACAAAAUGCAAUACAAAUUUUUAUAGUUUUGGUGUGGACAUGGCUUUUUGUUUCAUCAGAUAUUUGCAGAAAAUGUAAUUUAAUGUAUAGACUGUUUCUAAUGUCUCUGACGAGUGCUGUAUAUACUGUAUUUCUUUUGCUUGUAAAAUUGCUUAAAGCUUCUUUCAUUUGAUAUAGUAUUGUAUAUAAUAAGUCUCUUUUGCAAAAAAGAAAGUGUGAUCUUUGUGAAAGUAGUACAGUAUAUGAUCUUUAAUUUUUUUUAAUAUACUGUCACAUUGCAGCACUGGUUGGGCAUUUUAAUUCAU